CUCACAAUGAGGGCGACCCGGAUAGGUAGUGUGGAAUUUAAACCAGUGUCAGAGCGAAGAUAGACGACGACGUACGGGGGUGGAGCCGACCGCCGGAGCGAGGCUUGUCACGACAUAUACAGUCACACUCACACUCACACUCGCGCGCUCACGGACGCUGCGUGACUUACGCGGAACAGCGUCCAAUUAACCGCGGUGCAGGUGAUGAUGUCAUCCACCUAAUGCAGGUACGCAUGUAUUAUGUAUUGAGCGAAUUGAAGGUAACCAAACAAGCGGUGCGGAACGCGGCUAUUUCCAGCGCUGAGUAACCAACCAUCGAGCAAGGUGGCACCUGAACAGUCUGGCGUGCGGAGAGCUGAGAGCUGAGAGCUGAGAGCUGGAGCUGGAGCUAACGAGCAGUUAUACGAGCAGCUAUACGAGCAGUAUACCCACGUACGCACCGCGACCAUGACGUGACCGUACGUGUGUGUCUGUGUGCGACACAUAUACUUCGUGUGCAAUAACAUACUGCGAAAUCCCACGAUGUGACACCACCGCACCUCAGUUAACUAUAAGCAGAGUGUAGAGACGUGUUAUUUUUGUGAUCGGAUACGUGCGUAAUAAUCAGCCAGUGCCGACGCGGAGCGCUACUGAUACGAGCUGACAAGCAGCAGGGACGGAACAACAGAGUUAUGCAACCCUCAUCGUUCAUCAUGAGCCUGCCAACAAGACAGUUCGCCGUUCUUGCGGCGCUGCUCGUUCUGGCAGUAUCUAUGGGCAUGACUGCCGGAGACCACUCUCACAAUAAGAAUAAUCCCCCAGACGCGGACGUUUCUGGUUCGCAUCUCAACCUGAGUACUAUAUGUGAUACGGCAGCAGCUAGGAUUGCGCUAAACACUCAUGACGUCACAACAAAGAGUGUGUCGCUAGAGUGGGUCGUAUGCCGAGCGUACGACAAGAUACAUGGAUUUAGAGUAUAUUGGAGGCGAGUAGGGAUUGACCGCAGUGACCAAUGGACAAAGAGCCUGGUCUUGCACGAAGACAUCAGACACCACACCAUCUACAAUUUAUCGCCGGGGACAGUGUACGAGGUAUGCACCGUUGAACGCUCCAUGAACGGGACCGAGGGCAGCCCACGUUUGGAGAAGUGUGAUGAAAUCAAGACACCGGACAGCACCGCCCUGGCGAUGGGCAUCAUCAUUGGCAUCCUCGCCUCCCUGCUGCUCAUUGCCUUCGUCGUUAUCGUGUGCCUGAUGAGAUACUACAAGGACAGAGUGCUGCUGGAACGUGCCAAGGGAAAAAUAGAGGUCAGUCGACCGAUAGAGUCCACCUGGCCGGAGGACUGGGAGAGCAGGAGGACGACUCACUCCAACCUAGCGAUGAGUGACGUAGGGCUGCCCAGCCGGAGAACUACGGCCACAAUGGUAAUGGACAACAUGAACGGUCAAGGGUCGGCAAACGUCAGCAACGUCAGCGGCUACAGCCAGCGGUCGGGCAAAUCCGAGAAGCGCGGCGGCCCGCUGCCGCCCGUGCCACCCUCGCUGCCGCAGCGCGACGACAGUUUCUUCCACACGACGGGCAGCAAGCGCUACAACCAGUACGGCCCGAAGCCGCCCCCGCCAACCGAGCCACCGCCUGACGACAGCCCGCGACGCUUCGAGCCGCCGCCGCACGACGGGCUCCCGGACUACGACAAACGCGCGCCCGUGCCGCUGCCGAAACCCAAAGAGCUGACGCUCAACCCGAGCCAGCUCCCACCAAGCAGCAGUAAGUACCUGACGAUGGAGAACAGUCAGCCGACGCCACCCAUGCCCCGCCCUCGCCGCGACCACCCGGAAGGUGAGUCGCCGCCGAUGACCUGGAAAGAGCCGGGUGCCGUUGGAGGUGGCGAUGUCUACUUGACGCCAAGUGAUGCUGACGAGGAGAGAAACGGAGGGCACGUGUAUCACUAUAUACCCUACGAGACGAUAGCGGGCGAGGAAAACGACCACAUAGCCAACACAGCAUUGUGAUGAACUGCCCGACAUUUGAAAGUGCCUUAAACUGAGGGCGGAACUUAGCAUGUACUGCAAUACGUAGCCAGUUUUACACAUAUUACAAACGUCACAUAUGCAUGCAUGUAUGAAGAAGUGAGCAAUGACAAUAUGUAUAUAGUAUAGUUAUGGACUGGGUGUCUUACAUAAUUAUUUUUAUACAGAACACUCUUGAUGUAAAUGGUGAACAUGUUCAACCCAUUUCGGGCGAUAAAUCUUUUGGAACUGUCGAUUCGUGUAAAGUUAAUAUUCAUGCAUUAGCAGUCUUUAACCAUAAAUAAAUAAAUAUAUAUAUAUAUAUAUCAUAUAUAUAUAUAUAUAGAUCAAUGUAAUGCUUUCUGGCUGGUGUAGACCGUUGCACACAAUGAAAUAGUUUUAGUCAAUAUUUUAUGGUCGACUCCUAGCAGAAAAGCAUUAAUUUAAACUUCACCUGCUGAGCCAUACUUCUACCUAGUAGAACUAAUUUUAGCCCGUUUUUUGGGGCGACAUUAUAGCUUGGUGGGUUUGAGAAACUCCCCAGUAAAUUGAUGUUAUUGGUCAAACGUAGUAUUGACCCGUCUCUUGCUCCUAUGCAAUAUUAUUACUGAAUGUGUAACCAAUGUAUAGACAGGCACGCACACACUAUGUGUGUAUGUGCGUGCGGGCAUGCGUGCGUGUCUGUGAGAGAGGUGGGGGUGGGGGAAGAAGACAGACAGAUACAUACAAACAGACAUAGAGACACACUAUCGGAAAAGAUGGGUUUGAUUUUUGAAAGAUGAUUGUUGUUCAUCAGGUCUAUGCAUUAAUAUAUAUAUAGAAAUGUCACUGCCUUAGAAUGUAACCCAUAUAUUAUUGUUCUGCAAGCCUGUGUAAGUUUGUCAUGCAGCUUUUUAAAUAUCAAAUAAUUAUAAUAAGUUAUAAUUAUAUCACCAUGUUUACUAGUCUA